ACCGGGGCUAGGCCGGUUUCGGAUUUAACCAUUGUGCGCGAUUCAAGGACCUGGAUUAUUCGCAACUGAAGAGUCGCGUUUCAUGAGCCUAUUUGUCUCGCUUGGUCGCUACUUGUGUCGUUAUUGGAGAGAUCGUGGACAGCGAACCCUCCUGUUGACUCGUAUAACUUGGAUACCGUUGCAUUCUAUAUUCCUUAACAAACAUAACCGCUUUAUCUUGCUAUCUGAAUGGCCAAGACUUCCCGCAUCCCCUUUAACUUCGGAGAAGAAAAUCCAUUUACAGUCGUCAACAGCCUGUCGCUACUAUGUGACUGGAAGCUGUCGGCGUGCUUCAACAUGCCGUUUUGUACAUCUGCAACCAGAGAGUGUACCGCAAGAGUAUGCUUAUUCUGACGAACAUGUCGUGCACAAGGAAUUGUGUCACUACUAUGCCGCUGGAUAUUGUCAAUAUGGUUCAGCAUGCCAUUUUGCGCAUUCGCUACAGGAGAGUGUGCCACAAGAGUAUGCUUACCCUGCCGGACACGAUGUGCAUACGAGAACACAACAUAAGAGCUGGGACCAAGACAUCGGUCCUAGUCAUGGAUACCCAGCGUGCGCUAUAUACACGGUAACCCCGCGUGUGGAACCAUACAGCUUCGACAUGAGGGACGUUUUUGAUGAUUACAGCGAUAUCUCUUUGUCGGACUCCACCUCGUCUGAUCAAAGUUUGAACGCCUCAUUCCAAGUCAUGACUAUCGAAGAACCCGCCUCUUCAGAAUAUCAAUAUGUUCCUUCUGCGUUUUCACAAUUGUCACCAAGCUUGCAAUACCCGAACAAUACGAGCACAUGCUGGGGCAAUGUAGCAUACCCUGGUUACAAUCGAGGAUACACUCCGACCAAUUUGAAACCUCGAGCCGCCACCCGCAGGAAACCAGAGCAGGCGAAGGAGAAACAAAUCCAGUAUAGGACGAAACCUUGCAAAUUUUUCUCAACACGCAAAACCUGUCCUAACGGAAAUAGAUGCAUGUUUUUUCAUGACUUGGAGAAAAGUAAACGGGCAAAGAAAGCCGAUAAUCAGGCCCGCAGCACAGGGCCAUCACACCUGCCUCCGAAACCGCGUUCACUUAAGGAAGAGUUCAAGGCUCGCGAUUAUUAUCCUAUUACCUGGCGAGUGAUUGGUGGUGGUGUAAUGAUGGGACUACCUUGCAAGGCGCCCGCAGCGGGCUACUGCUCCGACGGUGAGAAUUGCAAACUGGCUCACGAGACUGAAGUCUGGAAUACUGGUAGGGUUCUGAUCUUGUGCCUCUCGCUGAAUUAAUCACUGAAGAGCGCGGCUCGAUCAGAAAAUAGUGUUGAGACACAAACAUCGGCAACAUCUGUGGCAGCCCCAUCCUCUGCAAAACCAUCGAUAGUUUCAAGUGAUGAAUCAAAACACAGGACGGUAUGCACCGACUGCCCUGGUUCAUCUUUUGUCAUCCACGAUACCGACGGAGGCACAUCUGGUAGCACAGAUGAUGCAGAAAAAUCUACGUCUGCUGUAAA